AUGUUAUUAAAUAAAUUUUUUGAGGAGAUUGGAAUUUUAGGAUAUUGCAAAGAUCAUACGGAAGCAAUUGACGAAGAUACAUAUAAUGAUCUUAAAAAAUUAGAUGAAUUGUAUGAAAGCUUUUAUAAUUUUGAAAAAGAAUCUCCAACUGAAUAUCAUAAUCGUUGUGAAAAAGGUAAAAAAUAUGUCCAAGAAUAUGAGAAUCAUAAGGAUACGUGUAAUGGGAAUGGUAACAAUAGUUUUUGUAAUGAAUUAAACAACUUUAGAGUAAUAUUUAAUAAUCAACUUGAAUCAAUUAAAAAGUGCGAUAACAUAGAAGAAUUACCAUCCUUCCAACGAUUUCCACUAUCUGCUACCAUUAUAGUCCCAGUUUCUCUAAUAUCAGUAAUAAUUUUUUUUUCAUUUAUUACAUAUAAGUAUACCCCCAUUGGAUCAUGGAUAAACCCUAAAUUAAUGAAACAGAAAAGAUACUUUAAUGAAUUAUUACAGGAACACGAAAAUACACAAAACAGUUCGUAUAGGAGAUCAUACAACAUCGCCUACACUUUGUCAGAAUAA